ACGAGAAAGUAUUUGUCAAAAAAAAAAAAAAAGUAGUAAUAAUAAAAUUAGAGAGCAAGAGUGAGGUUCCAUAUUCCUUACACUCACAGCUCCAACAAAGUUGUUUCUGUUCUCCCGCCACUACGCACAAAUGAGUGAUAUAAGGAAGUGGUUCAUGAAAUCACAUGAAAAGACUAACAAUGCCGCCGCUAACUCCAAUCAACCCAAGAAGCCUUCUCCGGUUAAACCCGACCCGGACAAAACGGUACCUGAAGGUCAAUCAAGUUCGGGCAGGAGGAAAACUAGCAAAUAUUUUAAUACAGAUAAACCGAAGCCAAAAGAUGAGAUAGAAACGGGGGCACUCCCUGCUAAAAGGAAGACUAUGAAAGGCAAUGAGGAAGAUGAUGGAGAUGACUCUGUUCCAUCCACAAAUAAAAAGAAGUUAGCUGGUUCCACUCCUACAAAAAAAUUGAAGAGUGGGUCUGGAAGGGGGAUCCCCCAGAAAUCUGUAGAUUUAGAAGAAAGUGAUGAAGACAAUGAGAAAGACGAUGUGUCUCCCAUUAAAUCUAGUGGAAGGGGUCGUGGUGGAAGAGGGGCAUCAACACAAGCAACUGGUGGGAGAGGCCGAGGGGUUGGUCGGGGAAUCCCCAAGAAGUCUGCAGAUUUGGAAGAAAGUGAUGAAGAUGAUGAGAAAAAUGCUGUGUCUGCUAAAUCUGGUGGAAGGGGUCGUGGUGGAAGAGGAGCCUCUACACAAGCAGCUGGUGGGAGGGGCCGAGGGGGUGGUAGGGGGGGAUUCAUGAAUUUCGGUGAAAGAAAAGAUCCUCCACACAAGGGAGAAAAGGUAGUCCCUGAAGGUGCUCCUGACUGUUUAGCUGGUUUAACUUUUGUAAUCAGUGGAACGCUUGACAGUUUGGAACGAGAAGAAGCAGAAGAUUUGAUUAAACGCCAUGGUGGUCGUGUCACCACAUCAGUCAGCAAGAAAACAAAUUAUUUGUUAUGUGACGAUGAUAUUGGGGGAAGGAAGUCUGCAAAAGCAAAAGAGCUAGGAACUUCAUUCCUCACAGAGGAUGGGUUGUUUGAUAUUAUUCGGGCUUCAAAACCUGCAAAAACUACCUCAAAACCUGCAAAAGGUCCUUCGCAAGAGGAAUGUAAGAAAUCUGUGAAUCAGGCUGUUGCAGUGCCAGCCCAGUCAAAAGGUCCUCUGAAAGCAGAAACAAAGGUUUCUUUGUCUUCAUGCUCACCUUCCAAGCAAGCCAAGGCCAAGCCUAAAACCGUUCAGUCUAAUUUGAUGUGGACAGAGAAACAUCGACCUACAAAUCCAAAGGAUAUCAUAGGGAAUCAAUCACUUGUUUCACAGCUUCGAAAUUGGUUGAAAGGUUGGCAUGAGCAAUUUUCUAAUACUGGGGGAAAUAAAAAACAAGGAAAAAAGCUGAAUGACCCUGUUUCCAAAAAGGCCGUCUUGUUAAGUGGAACCCCUGGUAUAGGCAAAACAACUUCAGCGAAGCUGGUGUGUCAGGAGCUGGGUUUCCAAGCCAUAGAGGUAAAUGCUAGUGAUAGCCGUGGAAAAGCUGAUAGCAAAAUUGAAAAAGGAAUUAGUGGAAGCAAUGCAAAUUCUAUCAAGGAACUUGUAACCAAUGAGGCCCUUGGUACUAAUAUGGAUAGGUCAAAGCUGUCCAAAACUGUGCUCAUUAUGGACGAGGUUGAUGGGAUGUCAGCUGGUGAUAGGGGUGGUGUUGCUGAUCUUAUUGCUAGCAUCAAGAUAUCAAAAAUUCCUAUUAUCUGCAUUUGCAAUGACCGUUAUAGCCAGAAACUAAAAAGCCUAGUGAACUACUGCUUGCUUCUUAGUUAUCGGAAGCCUACAAAGCAACAGAUGGCAAAGAAGUUUAUGGAUGUUGCAAAGGCCGAAGGGCUUCAAGUUAAUGAGAUUGCUCUUGAGGAAUUAGCAGAAAGAGUUAAUGGAGAUAUGCGCAUGGCUCUAAACCAGUUACAAUAUAUGGGCCUCUCCAUGUCAGUUAUCAACUAUGAUGAUAUUAGGAAGCGCUUACUUACCAAUGCAAAAGAUGAAGACAUUUCACCAUUCACAGCUGUUGAUAAGCUUUUUGGUUUUAAUGCUGGAAAGAUGAAAAUGGACGAGAGGAUUAAUCUCAGCAUGAGUGAUCCCGAUCUUGUUCCUCUUCUUAUCCAGGAAAAUUAUAUUAAUUAUAGACCAAGCUCGGCUGGUAAGGAUGACAAUGGCGUAAAACGCAUGAACCUGAUUGCCCGUGCUGCUGAGUCUAUUGCUGAUGGGGAUAUAGUGAAUGUACAGAUUCGCAGAUAUCGACAGUGGCAGCUAUCUCAAACUAGUUCUGUUGCAUCAUGUAUACUUCCUGCUUCAUUAUUACAUGGGCAAAGAGAAAUACUUGAACAGGGAGAACGAAAUUUUAACCGAUUUGGUGGGUGGCUAGGGAAGAACUCGACAAUGGGCAAAAACACGAGGCUUAUGGAUGACCUGCACGUUCACAUUCUUGCAUCUCGUGAAUCUAGUUCGGGAAGGGUUACUAUUCGCUUGGAAUACCUUAGUCUUCUUCUUAAAAAAUUGACAGAACCUCUCAAAGUCCUGCCUAAGGCCGAAGCUGUUGAGAAAGUUGUGGAAUUUAUGAAUACAUACUCAAUCAGUCAGGAAGACUUUGAUACUAUAGUAGAGUUAUCGAAAUUCAAGGGUCAUCCUAAUCCACUAGAUGGCAUACUGCCUGCCGUUAAGUCAGCCUUGACAAAAGCAUACAAAGAGCAAAGCAAAACUCGGACGGUUCGAGCUGCAGAUCUAAUUAAUCUUCCUGGUAUUAAAAAGGCACCUAAGAAGCGCAUUGCUGCUAUUUUAGAACCAGCUGAUGAAGGAACGGAACAAGGUAAUGGUGGCGACGCCUUGGACGAGAGUGAAGAAGAGAACACCUCUGACAAUGAUGAGUCAGAAGACGCCACAACUGGCGAGAAGCUGAAGUCAGAACUUCAAAGUUUGAAUUCAAAGGCCAUGCACGUACAAUUUGAAUUGAAGGGAACUGGAAAUUCAAGUUCCAAGAAGGCAUCUGGUGGUAGAGGUAAAGGUGCUUCAGCAUCUGCGCAGAAGGUUGCUCAAACGUCAAAGGCUCCUGCAAAAAGAAAAAGGUGAAGAAACGUUAAACAACUUGCCUUUUCUGGAGACACUAUUUGGAAGAGUUGUAUAUGAAUCCUUUUUCUAUUCGUGUAAUUGAUGUUAGGUCUUUCCAAAUUUUGAGUUGUUUUUUUGGUAAAUUUUCUAGUAAGGAUUACAUGAGCCAAUGUAUUACUUGUGGCUUUUUUUCUUAAAUGCAGUUGAUGCCUUGUGAUAUGAUCAUAUGAAAGUACCUCUAGCUUAAAUAUCUUUUUUUACAGUUUUAUAGUACAAUUAUGAGACAGGCAAUGUUGUAUGA